AUGGUUACGUCCGGUAAGGUGGUUAAGAAGCCUGUGCCGAAAGGGCCGACAAAGAAACAGCCUCUAAGGUUUUCUAUUGAGUGCUCCGCUGAAGUUAUUGAAAAGGAUAUUAUUGAUUUCGGCUUCUUUAUUAGGGCCACAUUCCCUAAUCAUGUAUUACGCGAAAAAUAUCUGAGGGACCGUAUCAAAGUUAAUGGAAAAGUCAAGAAUCUUGGUAAGGAUGUUCACGUUGAGCGUGAUAAGACUACUAUCCAUGUCACCUCUUCAAUUCCUUUCUCAAAGAGGUAUCUUAAGUACCUUACAAAGAAGUUUUUGAAGAAUCACAACCUCCGUGAUUAUCUUCACGUUAUCUCCACCAGUAAAACAGCUUAUCAACUGAAAUUCUUCAACUUUGAUACCGAGGAAACUGAUGAUGAGCAAUAA